GCCGUUGCCACUGUCGAAGCUGCGUCUCAAUCGCGUUGUGUUCAGUGUUCCACUAGUUUGUGAUUGAGCUUAGGCAAGAAUGUUGUUGUGGUUGCUGCUGUUGUGCGCCUGUCUGGGAUUGGGUGAGACGCAGAUCGCCUACCGGGGUCAUCUGUCGGAGUUGCGCAUCAAGGAGCUGAAUAAUCUGGCACAGCGCAUGGAGCAAUCGAUCAAUCCGGAGAAGUAUGCCUGUGACAGCUAUUUUGACUACGUUUGCAGUCGCAAUCGUCCGCUUUUUUCUAUAAUGGGUCACAUACCACAGAUGACGGAUCUCAUACAGUUGCUCACUGAUCUGCAAAAUGAUCCCGAGCAGUUUGAGGCCAAGCAAAAGCUGAUUGAUUUCUUCAUCUCUUGCAACACUCAGAAGUCUCUGCAGGAUUGCUAUCGCGAGACUUUUGAUUAUUUCAAGCCACUUUUUGGGUACAUCAUUACCAAGGAUUUAGUUGAGGGCAGUUCACAUGAGCUGAAAGACUUUCUGGGAAUUCUCAGACGCUUUGUUGAACGCACCGAUUCAAUAUUCAACAGACGCUCGCAUCCAGUGCGUGACAAGUUGGUAACCUACAAGGAAAAGUUUCGCACUCCGCGCACUUAUUUCUAUACCGGAGAUCUUAAUCGGGAGUAUGCUUCAUUGCGCAUCUAUCGCGAGAGUUAUGAGCACAACCUACGCAAUCUGGAGCAGCAUCGCAAAAGGAAUUCAACUUAUGAACUAGGCGUGCAGCGCACCAUGCUCGAUUGGAGCUUGUAUCUUUAUCAGAGUCGCAACAAACCCAUGUCCUAUUACUAUUCCACCUUCACAGUGCAUCUGUACAUGACCAUGUUUAAUAUCACGGAGCGAGAGCGUGAUUUCAUACGUUUCCGGGAGCAAGUCGAGUGUCUCAAGUUGCCGCAGUAUGUGAAUGUCCUGGAUGAGGCAAGAAUGCUGGCUGUUAUUUAUCUGAAGAGUUUCCGCCAGUCGUGGCAGGAUUACAGCGAGUGGAUAACCAUUGCGGACAAGCAUCGCGAGAUCUACGAUCAGGAGGAUCAAGUUUUGAAGACACAUCAGCUGAGCAACAAGCGUUUGUUCUUCACACUCUAUGCUCAGAAUUUCUGUGAGUUUGGCAAAGAGUUGGCCGAACACGUUUUCUAUUUGGGGCUGAAACAGAACGACGAUUUUAUCAAUGUUUAUAUGUGCGGGCAUCAGACCGAAAACUACUCAAAUUGUAUUGUAUAAACUAUGUUAAGUGGCAAAACUUUAAUAAAAACGCAGACUACAUUCUCA